UCCUAAAACUCUAUGUGCCUGAUAACAGGAAUCAUAACAUAAAAAGUGAAUGACUUUUUCUCUUCGGGGAGCCGCGGGCUUUGGUGCAGACAUGGCCAAGUCCAAGAACCACACCACGCACAACCAGUCACGAAAAUGGCACAGAAAUGGCAUCAAGAAACCCCUGUCACAAAGAUAUGAAUCUCUUAAGGGGGUAGACCCCAAGUUCCUGAGGAACAUGCACUUUGCCAAGAAGCACAACAAGAAGGGCCUAAAGAAGAUGCAGGCUAACAAUGCCAAGGCCAUGACUGUGAGUGCUGAGGCUACCAAGGCUCUUGUCAAGCCCAAGGUGGUUAAUCCCAAGAUCCCAAAGGGCGGCAGCUGCAAGCUCAAUCUAUUUGCCUACAUCGCUCACCCCAAGCUCAGGAAACAUGCUCGUGCCCGCAUUGCCAAAGGUCUCAGGCUCUGCCGGCCAAAGGCUAAGGCCAAGGCUCAAACCAAGGCCUAGGCUGCAGUUGCGACCCCAGCUCUGGCUCCUGCUUCUACUCCUGCAGCGCAGGCUCCCAAAGGUGCCCAGGUCCCCAGAAAGUCUCCAGUGUACAGGCUUCUGCUUGCCAGUGUGAGGACAGAAGGACUGGUAUGACCCCUGGGCUUCCCUCUGCAUGGGCCUGGUGUCCUCCUGUGCUAUUUGUACAAAUAAAC